AACUAAUGCUGGACUCGUUCUAGGUUUGUGGGGGCUGCUGGACACUUAACGUGCAUUAAUAAUAGUUCGAUUCUGGUCAGAUCUUUUUUGUUUUUACUUGUAGUGGUUUAAUUUUGUUAAGUUGAUUGUGCAAGGUUUUAUUCAGAUUUUUGAUUGCAAAAGAAGGAUAUCUAUCUUUCAGACGUAACGUUCUGUUUAAAUCUGUCCAUUUGUAUUUCAUUUAAACUCGUCUGCUGAUAUUAACAGAAGCAGUUGUAAAUGUCAAGCGCGUCUUUGCCGAUGAGUUACAGUAAUAUAAAUACCAUUCUUUUUUCGUCAUUGCCAUCUUAUCCACUUUCUUCUACCAGAUGGUGAACUGUUGUUUUCAUCUCUCAUGUGUAUUUAUUAUUAUUUUUUUUUUAGAUCCUGAAUCACACUGGUAUUCACUUAAGUUCCCCCUUUGCAGAUGACUGUUUGUAUCUUUGCAAUUUCGUCCUUUUAAUUUAAAUCAUCAGGAUUUUACAAUACCAUCUCUCGCCUCUUUAUUCUUUAUUCAGUCGUAUUUUAGCGAAAGAAUCACUGCUGACAGCGUGUUUUAUUACCGCAGACCCCCUGUUUUAUGACGUCAAGGGUGCACAACAGAAGCUAACAUUAGUGUGCGUUACAACACUCGCGCUGGUGAAACAUGGAGUAUCAGGACGUGAUGAAUUCAAAUGUAAAAUCGAAAAGAAAACCUUAUAUUCUUGCCGGGACAGCUACGGUUCUUGUGCUUGCAAUUAUCCUUGCAGUUGUCUUAGUGUGUACGAUUAAAAGUGAACCUGAAGGAAAUAAUGGUCUGAAGGAAACCGUUUUGAGCCGAUGCCAGAGCUACGUGAACAGCAACCCAUCUGCCUUAAGUGGUAAUGACUGUGAAGAUAUAUGGAAAGCAUUUGAACACGCAUAUGUAGGCAAGGACCCAUGCAGUGUUCCUCCUGAAACUUACAAUCAUUUGAUGAAUUCAGUUCAACAAAAAAUACCUUGCAAUACAAAGCUUUUUUGGAGUGGAACAAAGGAAAUGGUAUUUGCAUUUACCAAAGACAGGGAUUGUCUAAUGACUUUAGAAGAAACAUUGCUGGGUUCUAUGUUUAAUGGACUUACCUGGUGCAGCAAUAAUGGAAGUAAAGAAACAUUCACAACAGGUUGUCCUGUUUGGACAAAGUGUGUCAACAACCCAGUGCGCUCUUUUUGGAAUAGAGCUUCUGCUAAUUUUGCCGCUACUGCCUGUGGAAAUGUGUCUGUAAUGCUUAAUGGAUCUAAAAAUAAUCCUUUCAACACAGAAAGUAUAUUUGCAACUGUUGAGAUAAAGAACUUCAAUCCUACCACAAUGGACAGCCUUACUGUUCUUCUUGUGACCGAGAAUAAAGACAUGACAACAUGUUCUAAUGAGUCACUGGAGAAUCUUCAAUCUAUCUUCAGUUCUGGUCCUCUCAAAUCAGUUGGUUAUAAAUGCAGAGUAGUGCCUCAGGCAAAAGUCAUGGAAUGCAUUGAUGAUCUAGAGAUUCCUUGUAGCAGCUGUUGGUAAAAUUGUUCAGUUUCUGACCUAACACAGGGCUUCUCAAACCUGUCCUGGAGGACUUCUAGUCCUGCACAUUUUCUAUGGACAAAUUCUAAAAGGCGUUUUUUUGCGCCCAUGAAGGGCACUUCAGAAAGGGGACUCGAGAAGUUUUUAAAAAACGACGAAGGCAUCUCCUUGAUCUGCUCAUUAACUCAUUCUCUGUCACCAUUUUUUUUAAAGUUGCCCACCAGCAUCAAAUGAAAGAACAGAUCCUCUGCUUUAAAAAAAAAAAAAAAAACAGAAAAAAGUUAAUCCUAUCUUCAUUUGUUGUCUUUUUAUAACCUCUCAAAUAUGGGUAGGUUUCUUCGAAAGUAAAAAAUUUUGAACAAAAAGCUGAAAUAAUUGCAUUUUUGUGACUUUUGUUAGGUAUCAGAUUCAGAAAGACGAUUUAAACGUACACAGAGUUUUCAAUGUUGUUAAAUUAGUUGAUGUUCAGUUUUUAAAAGUUGGGUAAAAGUGCCACCUACUGUAGGGGAUAAUAUCGAAAUUAUAGAUUUCCGUAAAAACUUUUCAGGGAAGCGUCAUUGGCUUGGAAAUGUUUUCUCUUAAUUGACGAGAUAACUUGUCAAUGAGGGGAAGAGUUAUGAUGAUGCAGAAGUGAAUUAAAAAAAGUUGUGUCAUCCCAUACACCAUUCAUCCUUUCAAAGCUCUCACUCUCGAAUGUAAAAACCCUUUCUGAAUAGAACACAGGAAUGGGCUGUGUCCGAAAUCUGACAGGAGCUGACUUGUUGCCUCCCUGCAUAAAGAGGCAAUGACUUUGUAGGCAUCAUUUUUGCAUGAAGGCAGCUCAGGGAAACACAUUUGGAGAGUCUUUGAAGGCAGAAUGUUUAAAAAAAUAAACAGAGGCCGUCAUUGUGAUAACUAAUCAAAUAUAAUACAAAUUUCUCACUAGAAAUGCAGUAAGCUAUAGCCAAACUCUUAGCAGGGAUUUUAUUUUUUGUACUCAACCAGACUCAACACAUUCCCCAGGUACACACACACACACACACACACACACACACACACACACACACACACACACACACACACACACACACACACACACACACACACACACACACACACACAGAA